GCGUGGAAAUUUCCAAAGCCCGCGCAUGGAUCCCCAGCGCCUGCUAAGAAAGGCGCGCUGUUAUGACCGGCGCGCCGCUAAAGAGCCCGGCACGCUGAGGUUGGCGCAAGCGCGGAAGCAAGGGGGGCUCUUUCAACUCCAGAGCGCGCGGAAAACGAAAAAAGAAAAGAACCUCGAAGUCGCGCCACUGACGGGAGGGAGUCGAACCCGUGCGCCGAGGGUCGUUUAUUGUGACAUCCCCUUCCAUUUGCACGUAAACGGGACUGUCACGAGUUUACUUAUUUAUCACUUUUCUGACACGUCGUCGCUCUUGGAGGGUUCUCAACCACCGCCCGUCUGGCCACACUCGAGAGACUGCUCUGGCGUUAACGAGCCCCAGCAUCUUCCUCAUCCAAGUCCGGCCGGUAAAAGUCACCGCCACUCCAUCACGCCGAGAACACUGCACACUAGCUGCAUCCAGAGGCUGGCAACAUGGAAAAGAAGACGUCGGGGCCGAACGUGUUUACCUUGGCAUUCCUGGGGAGUCGCAAUGGAUGCCGGGAAAACGCGUCUGCUUUCACAGCACCCCAGGCAGUUCCCAUCUGCAAAGAGGCUGAAGACAACGAGGAGUCCUCGUGUACGACAAGCGGUCUCGGAAGCCAGCAGGACCUCGCCGGUGUCCCUAGCAGAGGGAAGUGGGCGGGCAAGGCGGACUUCAUAUUCGGCUGCAUCAGUUACGCCGUCGGCCUCGGCAAUGUCUGGCGGUUCCCGUACCUCUGUUACGAGAACGGAGGUGGUGCAUUCCUCAUUCCAUACUUCAUUUGCCUCAUCACAACAGCGAUUCCCAUGUUCUACCUGGAAGUAGCCAUGGGCCAGUACCUGAGCAGAGGUGGCAUAGGAAUCUGGGGCAUAGUGCCCAUGUUCAAAGGUAUCGGGAUCGCGUCGCUAACUAUCGUGACACUAUCCAACAUCUACUAUAUGGUGAUCGUGGCAUGGAUCCUGUUCUACCUGAUCUCGUCUUUCACCGAAGUGCUUCCGUGGAAACACUGUGGCAAUCACUGGAACACUGAGAACUGCUGGGAGUACAACGAGACGCAUGCAGCACCACACAAUAAAUCGGUUAGUCCGAUUGUGGAGUUCUGGGAAAACCAUGUGCUGGGUAUCUCAUCAGGGCUGCACGAGAUUGGCAAUAUGCGUCUUGAACUGGCCCUUUACCUGUUCCUGUCAUGGUUCAUUGUGUACGUUGUGAUUUGGAGAGGCCUUCAUCAAAGUGGCAAGAUUGUCUGGGUGACGGCCAUCUUUCCCUAUGUUUGCCUCUUCGUGCUGCUUGUAAGAGGCGUCACAUUACAAGGCUCAAUCGACGGGCUCUUGUUCUACGUCACGCCGGACUGGAGCCAGUUGCUCAAGCCAAAGGUGUGGAUUGCUGCAGGCACUCAGGUGUUCUAUACUUUUGGGAUUGGCGUUGGCUCGGUGGUGACGCUAGGUAGCUACAACAAGUUUCACCAAAAUUUCUUCAGGGACUCGGCAAUAGUUUGUUCCAUCAAUCCCCUGACAAGUCUUCUAGCCGGAACGGUUAUAUUCUCUGUACUCGGUCACAUGGCUUAUGUAGCUGAAAAAUCAGUUGGUGAUGUAGUAAAGUCAGCAAUAGUGGCUGGUAUAAUCGACCAAUGGCCGCAGCUGAUCACUCGACGAAAGCUCAUUACGUUCCUUAUGGUCGUGUUCCAGUUUCUCCUUGGGCUUCCUAUGGUCACACAGGGUGGCAUGUACCUUCUACAGUUGAUGGACAACUAUGCUGUCACUGGCAUCACAUUGCUAUUUAUAGUGUUCUUCCAGGCCGUCGCACUUUCAUGGAUAUAUGGUACCAGCAACAUCUCUGAUAAUAUCAAGGAAAUGCUUGGGCGUCGCCCAAGUGCCCUAUUCCGGUUAAGCUGGUCCAUAUUUAUACCAGUCAUGUGUGUGGCCAUAUUCCUGUUCUCUGUGAUCAAGUACCAACCAAUUGUAUACGCCAAGACAUAUGCAUACCCGUGGUGGGGAGAGAUGCUAGGAUGGUUUAUGGCACUCGCCUCCAUGAUCAUGAUUCCUGCGUACAUGAUCUAUUUCCUCCUAACAACGCCUGGCUCCAUACGAGAGGCCGAAGACAGCGACAGGUCCUCGCGUGCCUCGGCUGACGCGGGAAGCCCACUAGACUUUUCAGUCAAGCCGAGGAGGGGCCAGUGGGCGAGCAAGGCCGACUUCGUUUUCAGCUGCAUCAGUUACGCCGUAGGCCUGGGCAAUGUGUGGCGAUUCCCGUACCUCUGCUACGAGAACGGAGGAGGUGCCUUCCUCAUCCCGUACUUCGCAUGCCUCCUCACCACGGCAGUGCCCAUGUUCUACUUGGAAGUGGCCAGUUGGACAGUACCUCAGCAAGGGAGGCGUCGGCGUCUGGGCCGUGGCGCCGAUGUUCAAAGAGAAGAACUGAUGAAAUGCAGUCGGUUCGUCCAGGGAGAGGCCAAACAGUUCAGCCAUGUACUCGAAGGCGAGCAGGGGCUCAACACAGAGAUUGCGCUCGUGGCAGCCAACUGGGAGGGCCAUGAGCGCCAUGUGAAGUCCCGAAGCAAGCCCAGUGAGGAUGUCAUUCCAGGUUUUGAUGUCAGGUUGCUGCGAAGUCGAGCACAGGAACUGUUCGUCUCGAGAGCAGGUGGUGGUUGCGUGCCAGAAGUGGCCACUGCGGGAGCACUGCAGGGGCCGCGGCUGACGGGGUCAAACAGGGCGCCUUUGCUUGUAAAGCAGUAUAUCCGCCGGGGCGGUAGUCCAAGCGAAGGCGUCGGCAUCGCAUCGCUUGUGGUGUUGAUGCUAAGCAGCGUCUACAACAUGGUCAUUGUGGCUUGGAUUCUGUUCUAUUUGAUAUCAUCUUUCACCACGGUGCUCCCCUGGAAGCACUGCGGGAACUACUGGAACACGGACAGGUGCUGGGAACACAACUAUACCCACCCAAUGCCGCCACACAAUAAGACGGUCACGCCCAUCGUGGAAUUUUGGGAGAACCACGUGCUCGGCAUGACGUCCGGACUGCACGAGAUCGGGAACAUGCGUCUGGAGAUAGCGCUCUACUUGUUCAUCGCUUGGGCCACGGUGUACCUCGUCAUCUGGCGGGGUCUCAGCCAAAGCGGAAAGAUUGUCUGGGUGUCGGCGCUGUUUCCCUACGUCUGCCUGCUCGUCCUGCUCGUGCGAGGCGUCACACUGAGUGGGGCGACCGACGGCCUCAUGUUUUACAUCAAGCCAGACUGGAGUAAACUGCUAAUACCGAGAGUGUGGAUUGCUGCCGGUACACAGGUGUUCUACAGCUACGGAGUAGGCUUUGGCUCUCUGAUGACACUUGGAAGUUACAAUAGCUUCCAUCAAAAUUUCUUCAGAGAUUCAGCGAUUGUUUGCAUCGUGAACCCCAUGACGAGCCUCCUGUCCGGAACAGUUAUAUUCUCCGUGCUUGGUCACAUGGCCUUUCUGGCCGGCAAAACAGUGGGAGACGUCGCAAAAUCUGGACCUGGCCUGGCCUUCCUGGUGUAUCCCGAAGUCGUCGCUCGAAUGCCGGCCUCGACGAUCUGGUCGAUACUCUUCUUCGUCAUGCUGCUCUUUCUCGGCAUAAACAGCCAGUUUUGUCCGUUGGAAGCGAUAGCGGCUGGUCUGAUUGACCAAUGGCCACGGCUGGUCACCAAACGGAGGGUCAUAAACUUCUGUUUGGUUUUGGUCCACUUCCUCCUUGGUCUUCCCAUGACAACCGAGGGUGGAAUGUACAUUUUCCAGUUAAUGGACUACUACGCUAUCAGCGGCAUCACGCUGCUGUUCAUUGUGUUUUUUCAAGCAGUAGCACUUGCUUGGGUCUACGGAACAAGAAACUUAUGCGACAACAUCAAGGAAAUGAUCGGCCGCCGACCAAUCCUGCUGCUGCGUUUGGGCUGGAAGGUGUUCAUACCGGCCAUGUGUGUGGCUAUAUUCCUGUCCUCUGUGAUCAGGUACCAACCGCUGGUGUACGCUAAGACAUACGCGUAUCCAUGGUGGGCGGAGAUGUUGGGAUGGUUCACUUCCCUCUCAUCCAUCAUCAUGAUUCCUACAUAUAUGGUGUACUUCCUCGUACGAACACCCGGCUCCCUACGACAGAGAAUCCGAGCGGGCUUGUCUCCACAGCUGCUGGAAGUUUAUCAUUCGUAGGAAGAAACGUGCUCCCUUAGCGACGCAGCCGUCCACACAUGAUGUAUCUGACCGUAUGUAUCGGCCGCCGUCAACACCUUCCCGCACGGUUCAGUGCCUCACCAUCUUCCGUGCCUCAUCCAUGCCAAAUGACGUCUGCGAAUUGUGUCAGCCAUUUUUCUGUAUGCAACAUGUAUAGUGUAUGUAUGCUCGUGUUUGUAUGUGGUCGUAGCGUGCCGGACCGCGAAGACCACCAGUGUAUACGGGUUUCAGUUGUGUCGAAAACUAAAUCGUAAUACUUUCAUACUUGUGAAUGUGCUAACGCUUUUCUGUACCAGCCGACACUGUGGUCCCUGUACUUUUUUUUUGUUACGUUGUAGUAUUAAGAUUAAUGGUGAAAGAGUGGAAUGGUUCCGUCAGCGAAGAACGCGCCUUAAUAUCAGUUCCCCCUUGUCGUCUACAUACAUUGCGGACGCAUGACCCACGGCUUAAGGAGCUUCGCCCCUAAAAACUAUGAGCCAUCUCCUUGAAGGGAACCCUGAUGGGAUGCGAAGCAGCAGCGGUGCGCACGGUGUUGACCCGGUUGAAACGGGCGUCGACGCGGUGCUAGAAGAAUGGUUUGAAGUGAAACUCGGUGUAGCGUUUACUCUACAUUUGUUUGAAACGCAAAGACACAGGAGGCGGGAAGCGUUGAAGAUGCUUGCGCUCGGCUUCCUUGGCUCACGUCUCGUCGGUGUUACCCACGCGCCGUCUGUAUUCUUCAACGCGAUCGGUGUUCUUGACUUGCACCUAAUCGGUGUCACUGGUCUUCCACUGCCGUCGCUUGCUUUCGGCUUCCCUGGCUCGCGCCUCAUCGGUGUUGACGUCGCCAUUCGCGAACGUUAUCGGCUUCGCUAACCCUCACAACGCAGGCGACAGCCGAGUAAAGUACAGGCACACUAGCGGGAAGCACGCUGCGACGGCGUCCCGCCCGUCGGCGCGAUCACGCGGUAAGCAGCGGUGCGCUGUCCACGUUGUCGGCGCCGCGAAAUUCUCGAGGCGCGUGCAGCGCGCGCACCCGCCGGCUCGCGGCUUCUCGCUGACAGUUGGAGAGGUGGCGUGGGUGAGAUAAUGCCCACGUGAGGAGUGAGUUCGAGAGUGGCGAAUGAUGGAGAGGGUGGAACGAGAGAGAUGACAGGCGGCGAGCGGCGACAGGCCUGGAGAGAGACUCGGUUACGUUAACGCAGGCGCACUGCGAGGGAAGGCGUGGCCUACUUGGCACUGCCCCAACACCUGCGACCAAGGGAGCGCGGUGUGGCCGAAGAGACAGCGUUACACAGGCUAGUGAAAGAGCUGCUUCGCGCACUCCAAGCCGCGCAUGAGCACCUUUUGUGGUAAUGGGGCGUCAUGGAAAUGACCGGGAGAAUAUUCUGCCACAAGUUAUCACCCUAUACGUUGAUAGUUAGGCUAAUGAUGAUGACCACGAUAUUGGUUGUCCCCUUUUCUGGAUUAUUAUUUCGACAAAUCGAAUAAACACAACGACUUGC